AUGGCCCUGCAGAUGACUUGGCAGCCGAGUCUCCUGAGUCAGAAACGCAAAACCGGUCCUCCCAUAGGGCUCCGUAACCUAGGCAACUCGUGCUACCUCAACAGCGUCCUCCAGUGCCUCACAUACACUCCUCCUCUCGCCAAUUUCUGCCUCACUCUUCAACACUCUUCUCUCUGUGAUUUCGCUGCGUCUUCGUGUCCGUUCUGCAUACUGGAGAAGCAGAUUUCGCGUUCGCUGAAAUUGGAUCUCUCGCACGACGCGCCUUCCAAGAUCCAGAGCUGUAUCCGGAUCUUCGCCGAGCACUUCCGCUGCGGUCGCCAGGAGGACGCGCACGAGUUCCUCCGCUACGUCAUUGACGCCUGCCACAACACCUGCCUCCGCCUUAAGAAGCACCGUCGCAAAGGCGGCGACGCCAAUGGCGGCGGUGGAGACGGUGGCGGGAGUACGGUGGUGAAGGAGAUUUUCGGUGGCGCCUUGCAGAGCCAGGUGAAGUGUCUGUGCUGUGGAUAUGAGUCGAAUAAGGUUGAUGAGAUAAUGGAUAUUAGUCUUGAUGUUUUCCAUAGUAACUCGCUUAAAGACUCCAUGCAAAAGUUCUUUCAGCCUGAGGUUUUAGAUGGCAACAAUAAGUACAAGUGUGAUAGUUGUAAGAAAUUGGUGGCGGCUAAGAAGCAAAUGUCCAUACUUCAAGCACCUAACGUCCUUGUGAUACAGUUAAAGAGAUUUGAGGGCAUAUUGGGUGGCAAGAUUGACAAGGCUGUUGCAUUUGAAGAGGUUUUGGUUCUUUCUAGCUUCAUGUGCAAAGCAAGCCAGGCUUUGAAUGGAAAUCCUAUAAUGAUUACUUGGAUUGUUGUCAAACUUCCAAUAUUCGUUACUUGUGGUUGGAGCAGACUCUCUAGUUUGAGGAAGAAAUCCCUGCCAUUAGACCUCGAUCCUCAACCGGAAUAUAAGCUCUUUGGAACUAUUGUGCAUUCAGGCUAUUCCCCGGAAUCUGGUCACUACUAUGCGUAUAUAAAGGAUGCAAUGGGUAGGUGGUAUUGCUGUGAUGAUUCUAGUGUAACAGUUGCAACCCUGCAAGAAGUUUUGUCUGAAAAGGUUUACAUUCUUUUUUUCUCUCGGACUAAUCAAAGGCCAGUGUCAAGUAAUAAUUCUCUUGCUUCAAACGGUGUAAAGCCUCAUUCCAAUGGGAGCCAAGCAUCUGAAUGCCAAAAGGUUGGUGUACCACCGAAAGCUGUGCAGGCAAAAUCAAGUUCUGAGCUAUCUCCUUGGAAGGAUAUGCCAAAUGUAACGAAGACUGCUAAAGUGCCUUCCAGCUCACGAGUGAAGUUUGACAUUAAUGGAAGUCCUACUUCCAAAAGAAAUCUUGCUCCUGUAAGUGUGAAUGGAAAAGUUGAUGUUUCUAGGAAUCAGCCUUUAGUAAUAAAUGAACAUGUGAAAGAUUCAGUUUCGUUGGAGAAUGGUAAGAAAAAUCCUUCAUCAUUACCCACCAGGAAUGGUAUUGACAAAAAUAAAGUUGAUGUUGACAAAUUGAAAAGAAAGGAGUCAACAUUUACAAAUGGCCACAAUGAUAAUCAGAUGGUUGAUAUCCAUUCUGUAAAGUCAGAUCCCAGGGAAGAUACUGAGAAAAGCAGAGCAAUAGCAGGUAAAGGUUCUGACAACUUUAAGCAUGAAAGCAAUGGCCUCAACAAUAAACCCAAAAUAUUGGGGAAUAAGAGAAAGGUACCUAAGGAUCCAUGCAUUUUACUGGCAGAUGAUGGUCAAUCUCAAGCACGAGUUCAAGAAAUGAAGGCCAUUCUUGAGAAAGAGGCGAAGUCAUUUUUGAUAUCAUGUGGCUGGGACGAUAUGGUCUAUGAAUUCAUGCGUUCUAAAAAGAAGUUACGGGCACAAGAAGAUGGAAAUUUAGCUAAUGGAGAUGAAACAAGGUUAAGGGAUGUAGGGUUCUAUAAUGAUGCUUAUACUUAUUACGAUGCAGCUUUGGAAAAGUGGUGUGUCGUUGAGGUGAAUGAUAGGGCAAACUCGCCGGUUAUAAUCCUUCGAUGUGCACUACGCUCACAUUGCAGGAAGCUGUUAAUAGGAGAUGCGCAGGUAGCUUUCAAGUCACGGAUUCCUGAGUCAUUGAUAAAGGAUAUGAUUGAACGACUCCGAUCCUUUAGCCAAGAAAAACAUGUUGAUCUUGUCUUGCUAGUGAGGCGUGUGCUGGCGAUAGUAGCAGGAGAAUGUGGAGACUUGUCAUCACCGAAGCUUGGCUUUGUUAUUUGA